AGCACGAAGUCUCUGCAAAUCAUUCGAGUUCUAGAAAUCAACAACGUAGCAUACUCAUACUCAUACAAGCAAAGUGAAAAAAAAACUAAAUACGUGAAUACUGAGACAGCGAAUGUGUUAAAAAGAAAAUACCGACGCUUAUUCCCGGUUUGGAUUUUAAUUUCAAGAGAUAUUAAAAAAAAAUAUAUUUAACACAAACAAAAAUGCAUACAUACAGAGCUUAUGCAGCACAUGUGCACGAUAGCGUGAACCCAGAUCAGAAACCGUUAGUUGGCGAUUUGAUUGCCACACAGUACGUGAAAUCACAGACACCGCCGCCUUCACCAAACGGAUCUCACUCCAGUCCAGACACAUCAUUAAACAGCAGUCGCAUGAGUGGCAAUGAAAUACCGACAGAUCCAUCCGUGCGCCGCUAUCGUACCGCAUUCACACGCGAUCAAUUGACACGUCUCGAAAAGGAAUUCUUCAAGGAGAACUAUGUAUCGCGUCCGCGUCGUUGCGAAUUGGCCUCACAACUCAAUCUGCCCGAAUCGACGAUUAAAGUUUGGUUCCAGAACCGACGCAUGAAGGAUAAGCGUCAACGCAUUGCGGUCGCCUGGCCUUAUGCAGCCGUCUACUCCGAUCCGGCCUUUGCUGCCUCUUUGCUGCAAGCAGCCGCCAACAGUGUGGGCAUGCCAUAUCCACCAUAUGCUGCACCCGCUGCCAAUCCCAUGUUGGCCGCUACCGCCAUGCCAAUGCCCGGCCACUAUGCACCAUACCGUUACAAUCCUUAUGCACCGAUGACAGCACGUGCGGUGCCACCACCAACAAUGCAACAACAUCACAAUAGCGUCUCCGCACAUGCCUUGGCCGCCGCCGCCGCCUCCUCGGGUUAUCCCAGCAUGUUGGGCGCCAUAGCACCACCUCACCCUGCUUACGGUGCAUUUAACAGUUUGCCACCCAAACAACAGACACCACCACUCGAUUUGCAAUCAUCUGCAUCAUCGCACUCAUCGACGCUAUCGUUGAGCCCCACCGGCUCGGAUCACACUAAAGUUUUCGAACGUACACCGGUGACCGUUGCAAUGCCCACAGCCACCGUAACGAGCAGCAGAAGCAACAGCAGCGCUGAAUUUAUUAGCGUAACACAUGAAAGCAACAACAACACUUUGAAUGCAACAAAUACAAACGGCACUUUGUACAGCAGCGAAAAUAUUAACUCCCCACUGCCCGCCACCAUCAAUGAAAUCAAUCAUCAUCUAACCGCCACACAGUCGGCUGGUCUAUUAAUGAGCCAAAAUAACGCUAUAAGCGGCGCCACCAAACGUCACGCAUACUCGCCAUCACAAACAGCUGUCUCAGAGCCGAAACCGAAACUCUUCAAGCCCUACAAAACCGAGUCUUAAGCGUGCUUAAGUCUCAUGCUUUGGAGGGUGGGGGGUAGUGGCUAUCACCGCGGUCCAUUGUACGUGCAGAAGAAAGUGAGACAAAGAAUGUAGUUGAUUGAUGGGCAGCCGACGGGCUAAAAACUAGUGGAGUGUGGAAGCGAAAUAUAAUAAUUAAACAAAUUAAGUGCUGUGAUAAAUAAUUAUUUACACUAUUUGUGUGUAUGUGUGCUAAUAUUUGGGCUUAGUCUGGCAUUAAGUGUUGUUAGUUAUUUAAUUUCCGGUACGAGUUAGUGAUUUAAAGUAAUCAAAAAUUAUAAUGAUUACAGUAAAAUAUGUAUUUAAUAGUAGAAAACAACAACAAAUGCAUGUUCCACGGACUGUGGUAUGAGAAAACAAAUGACAGAAUAAUACAGGAAAAUAUAAAAAAUGGUGUAAAAAUUAUUUUUAAGUAAGUGUAAUUAAUAUAGUUAGAUGCUAUGGUUAUAUAAUUUUAAUGUUAAUAUAAUUAUAUUUUAGUUAUGAAUGUGUAAA